AUGAAGCAAAAACUUGAUCAUGUUCCUGAACGUGUUACAACAAUUACUAUAUCAAACAGCCAGCAGUUUUAUGAGAUUCAAAUUCCACUUUCAGCUGGAGACAAUGGUGGCAUGGCAAGCUCAGCGAACACCAAUGCAGAUGGUACUCAUGAUGCAUCUAGUUCAAUUCAUGAGCGUGUUGUUCCAAGACACCACCAGAAGAAAACCAUACCAAAGAAAUUUCAACAGAAGGGGGCUCAGUGUUCUUCUGCAGCAACCCCAAAGAGGAGAGCACCCCAUACCUCACAGCAUGAAGACCUGCUUUCUAGUCCGACCAGUCGCUCACCAAUGCUGGCUGCAUCACAAGACAACGACGACGAUGAUUUCGAACCAGCAAUAAAACGCCCAAGGCCGAAGGUUCCUGCUCACAAAGAUCCUAAAUCAAAGAAAUCUUCACUUCCAUCCAUACAGGAAGAGGACGAUGAUGGUAUACCAGGCAAGAUUAACUGCCGCUGCACUCCCAAUCAUGUGCUCGACGCCAUCAAUAAACUUUCAGAACCACAAAAGAAUAGGGUUCGCGAGCUUGGUUGGGGUAAAUUUCUAGAAAUUGCUAUAGAUUGUGUGGAGAGCAGGAACCUAUUUCUUUAUUUGCUGGACAGGGUGGAUAUAAACAGCAUGUUUUUACGGGUCCCACCCAACAUCGAACUACCUAUCAACAAGGCAGCUGUUCAUGCUGUGCUUGGUGUGCCAGCUGGCACAGAGGUCAUUUCUAAGAAGUCCAGCAAGGAACUUUCUAAUGCGAAGAGAGAGCUUAUGGCUCAGCUUGGAAUUGCAACAAACAAAAUCACAGUCCCUCGGCUUUUGGAAGAGGUGGCUAAGGGAAAUGCCGAUGACCUCUCAAUGAAAUGCUUCUUCCUCGUGAUCUUCAACAGGUUCUUGUUUCCAGGGUCAGCAUUUGACAUCGCGAACACAGACCUGCAGUUCAUUAUGGAUUUUCAAAACUUUGGCAAGGUUGAUUGGCAACAGGCUGUGAUAGAUCAUAUCAGAACCUCUGCGAAAGAGUGGCAGUCUCCUGGUGCCAAAAACACAGCUAACCCUACUAUUCGAUCAUGUGCUCCAUUCCUCUUAAUUUACUACCUCGAGAACCUGGAUCACCCACUCAAUGACAACAACCACCGGAUGGUUGUGCCAAGGGCUGCUGUAUUCUCAAAGCAAUAUAUUUCUACGUUGACCAAUGCAGAUAGGUGGGCCGACAAAGAUGAUCGCAUAUGCUACGGCAAACUCCGGCAAAAAAAUCCCGUUGGUUCAGCUUACCAAAAGGUAUACACCAUGCAACAUACUGCGGUCCCUGCAUCUUUCCAACUACCUCAGUUGAGCGACCUGCUCAGAGGUGUCUUGGAUAAUGUGGCAGCCAGUUCAAACCCUCAUUUGAUACAACUUAUUACGACAGUCGACCGUGACAUCCGUGCCAACCAGAAGGUCAUACAUGAGCUCCAUCACACAAAUGAGUGCCUCUUGAUCAAGUUUUCAGAAGACGUUAAGGAACUAUUUGCAAAUGCCCCUACGCCUACAAUUACAAAGGUUCAACACACGACCGGACAGCAGACAAGACCAGAGAGUAGUACACGUAACUUACGAGAGCCUACCUUACAGCGUAACGACGGUGCACACAUAUCUUCAGAUUUGGCUGGUCCGAGUCAUACAGAGACCGCAACAGUGCAAGUUGAACAGCCAGCGGAUGCGACACAGCCAAUCGCUGGUCCAGCUGGUGCGAGACAAGAAGAAACUGUUGCAUUUCGAGACGAGCAGGCAGCUGAACAGGAGCAGCCACUCACUGAUCCAGUUGGCGACCAUAAUGUCAAUAACCUGCGUGCUACUACAAAAGGGGUUGAUGUUGUCACAACGGGCCUACACAUUCCGACAAUGGUUGGCGAGCAGCUUGGGAAGCAGCCCCACGGAUCAGCUCACUUAGAUAUGGGAGGCCACCAUGAGGACAGUCUUAUUCGCAAGGAGCACCGGCAGGCUGCUGCAACGGCAUCACGUAGCACGAGGGGUCCAUUAUCGUCUAUGCAGCCACCAGUCACAGGUAGUCAGACUGGAGCGUCUCAAGCAUUGCCCAUGCUCAUACCCAUACCCAUACAGGUCACUCCAGAAGAUCUCGAUCAUGAAGACGCCACCGACACACCUGCUACGCCACCAGCUACGCUCUCAGCUGCUGAAAUCGUCACACCCGAAGUUGGGAAGACAUACACACAUCCCCCGACAUUGCCAGAGGAUAUGAUCCCAAAGGUGGGGAUGUUUUUCGACACUGAAGAGCAUGCAUACGAGAUGUUCAGGAGAUAUGCCGAAGCAACUGGUUUUCCAAUUAAGUGGGAUAGGAAAAAACAUACUGUAAGGGACAUAUCCUGCUCAAUGUCUGGAACAUGGAAAUACUAUAAGCCUGAACAACAGCGCACUCGCAAUAAGUUCACAAAGAAGACCGGCUGCAAGGUUUACAUGAAGCUCAAACAUGUGUCUGACAUGGAAGGUAAUAACAAUGGCAAGGUUAUGAUAGACAAGAUACGGCUUGACCAUAACCAUCUACUGUCAGACACACCUUGGGUAACAAAGCAAAUGCGCUGCCACAAGAGAAGAAAAACAUGUAAUGGAUUAUGUGGAUCACCUUAA